AUGGACGUGUCUCCUGGGGCUUCAGUGUCUGGUAUCUGUGAGAUAGGAUCUAAUGAAACGCCUGUCGUUUCGCAGACUGAUAAUCAACCGGAAGAAGAAGGCGAGGAAGAGUGCGGAUGGUUUCAAAGAUACCAGGAAUUUGCGGUGCAUGAGUUGCCGGCUUUUGAAAUGAAGAACCUAGUGGUUGAUUACCUGAUUUCUGAGGGUUAUAGAGAAGCAGCUGAAUUAUUGUGCGCUGAUGCUGGGAUCUCAUUUCCGAAAGAUGCUGCGGAAAACUUAGAUGCUCGAAUGGCUAUUCGUGAUGCAAUUGUGGAGGGGAAAAUUGACGAGGCGAUCAAGAAGAUAAAUGCAUUGGUGCCGGACUUGCUUGACGACAAUUCCUUGCUCCAUUUACAGUUACUUCAGCAACAUUUGAUAGAGCUUAUAAAACAGAGAAAGUUGGAAGAGUCACUCAAAUUCGCUGAAGAUUUUCUGGUUGAUAAAUGCGAAAAACAUCCUGAAGCCCAAGAGAAACUUGAAAAAACGUUUUCGUUGUUGGCAUUUGAGAAACCAGAGGAAUCGCCCUUUUCUUCACUGGUCGAAGUUAGCCAUAGGCAAAUGGUCGCAACAGAAGUAAACAGUGCUGUUCUUAAAGCUUUACAUAAGCCUGCGGUUCCUCGUAUUGAAGCGUUGUUUCGUAUGAUAGUUUGGGCCGCUCAGCAGUUGAAGCAAGAUACCGAGUCAGCAGAAUCAAACGAAAGUUUUAAGUAG